UGGCGUACCACUGACAAGCACUGACAAGCAGAAAAAAAAAAUAAUAAAAAAAUAUAACAAUAAUAAAUAAAAUAUAUAUUAACUUCCUUUAACAGUAUUUCGAGUACAUGAAAUAAUAAAAAACCUAUCAAACAGAACGCACCAAAAAAAAAAAAAACAAACAUCAUUUAUCGAACGGAUUAUAAAAAAAAGAUUAAUUAUUUAUGCGUGAAAUUGACAAGUGGCUAAAAUGGAUAUGGAUCCAGCAUCAGUUAUAACACUUUGCAAAGAAAAUAUACAGCCAUUACGACAUGGAAGAAAUGCAACACAACUUGGUACAGCAUUACGUGCACAGGAGGAUGUUGAAACACAUCAAUUAUUGAUGCAAGAAAAACAAGCAUAUGAGGAUGCAAUUAAAAAUUACGAUGGUGAUGAUCCACUUGAAAAAUGGUAUGAAUAUAUACUUUGGGUUGAACAAAGUUAUCCAAAAAGUGGUCAUGAAUCACCUAUUGGUAAAUUACUACAACAAUGUUUAGCAGCAUUUGAAAAAGAAACGAAAUAUCAUCAAGAUCGUAGAUACAUUAGAUUAUGGAUAAAUUAUAUAAGUAUGCAAAAAAAUCCACUUGAAUUGUAUCAGUUGAUUUAUAAUAAUGGUAUUGGUACAAUGAUUGCUGAUAUGUAUCGUGCAUGGGCUUUUGAAUUAGAACAAACAGAUGAUAAUAAACGUGCUGAUGAAAUAUAUGUACUUGGUAUAAGAGCUGGUGCUGAGCCACGUGAUGAAUUGGAACAUGCACAUCAAAAUUUUCAAUUAUCUGUUGCACGUAGAAUGCUUGGAAGAAUGGAAGAACGAAAUGAAUAUGAAUUAUCUGAACAAAGACAAGCAUUUAGUUCAUUACGUGCAAUUAAAUCUGGACGUCGUGUUACUAAUGUUAGAACUGGUAAUCGUGUACGUGAUUAUAUGCCUGGUGUUGUAUCACAAAGUCAAAGUCAACAACAACCAUCAAAAAGUGGUGUUGGUAAUUCUAAAAUACAAAUAUAUGAAGAUGCACCAACAACAGGCUCAACAGAAACACGUGGUACAAGUAUACUUGAUCAUGUACCAAUUGAAGAUACUGUACAUAAAGAAAAUACAAUAAAACCAGGACCAUGGAGUCAAAGUUCACGUAAAUAUCCAUUGAUUGGAUCAUCUAUAAAACCUGGUUUUAAAAUACAUGAAGAUUUGCCAAAUGAUAAUAAUUAUAAUAUGGAAAAAAUUAAUUUAUUUCCAAAUCAUGUUUGUUUUUAUGAUGGUAGUACUUAUCCUGAACAUUUAACUGUGCCUGUAUUUGUUGCUGAAGCACCAUCAGCUACAAUAACAAAAGUACAUUAUCCAAAAGAUUUAGUUUAUGCUAAUAAUACUGAUCGUAGUAUUGAGGAAAUUAAAGCUGAUAAUUAUAUUAUGUUAUAUAAUAAUCAUCAACAACAGCAACAACAACAACAACAAAUUAUUGGACAUAAUUUAAUUCAAAAUGAUCAACAAGAUAAUGAAAUAUCAAAAUUUGAUGAGGAUAAAAUUAAUAAUGCUAAAGUGAAUGAAAUUGAACGUCAAAGAAGAGAACAAUAUGAUAUUAAUCAAAGACUACAAGCUGAAGCUGAAUUACAAAGACAACAACAAUUUCAAAUUGAAAAACAAAAACUUGAAAAUGAGAGAAUUGAGGCUGAACAACGUGAAAUUGAACGUAGACAAGCUGAACAACAACAACAACAACGUGAAAUUGAAAGACAAAGAAUUGAACAAUUAGAAUUAGAAAGACAACGUUCAGAACAAUUAGAAUUAGAAAGACAAAGAGUUGAAUUAGAAUUAGAAAGACAAAGAAAUGAAGAAAUUGAACGUCAAAGAAUUGAAGCUCAAAGAAUUGAAGCUGAAAGAAUCGAAGCUGAAAGAAUGGAAGCUGAAUUAAAUCGCCAACAAAAAUUACAAUCAACAAAUUAUAUGAGUCAUAGUUCAGGUGUUAAUUUAGAAACAAAUAAUGUUGAACAUUUAUUAGGACAAAGUUUAACAGUUAAUACUAAAGAAGCUAUGUCAGUUGUUCAAGAAUUAUGGCAAUCACCAAUUAAUUCAAGUUCAUCACAAUUAUUAUCAAGUCCAAUGCCAUCAAGAAUGCCUGAUGCAAGAUCAAAAUUUAGUUUUGACAUUCAUAUGGAUAGUUCAAUGACACAACAACAUGCAAUGUCAACAACAAAGCAACAUCAUCAUCAUCAACAUCAUCAACAACAGCAGCAUCAUCAUCAACAACAACAACAACAGCAACAAUCUAGCUUUAAUAUUCAGCCAUAUCAUGAUCAAGAGAAUCAUCAAGGCUAUGUAUCACCUUAUUCAAGUCAAGAUCAACUUCAUCAUCAAUCAUACCGUGCUAUACAAGAUCCUUGUUAUCAGUACCAAAUGCCACAGCAGCCACAUCAUUCAUCACAAUUGCAACAUCAAAUACAACAUGUACCACAAUCUCAUAUGAUUCAUCAUCAACAACAACAUCAUCUUCAUCAUCAAAUUUCUCAACCAUCUCACAUCCCUCCUCCUUCUUCUUCUUCAUCAUCUCAACAUUAUUCACCAGCUUCAUCCUCUCAUAUUUCACUUCAAUCAUCACCUCAUGACAUUCAUCAUGGUCUCAUUCAACAAGUCCCACCUCAACCACCAUCAUCAUCCUCAUUAUCAUCCUCAUCAUCUUCAUCAUCACAUCAACCAGUCAUGUCACCUCAUAUGCCACCACCACAACAACAACAACAACAACAACAUCACAUGUACAAUAAUAUUCAACAUAUGAAUAAUGUCAGAUAUCAACAACAACAACAACAACAACAACAACAGCAACAGCAACAGUAUACAAUGAUGCCACCACACCAAAUUGAACAGCCAAAACAACAACUUCAAUAUCCACCAUAUAUGGAUCCACAAGUUGAUGCAAAACAAUCAUACAGAAUGCCUGAAUUACCAUUAAUAAAAUCACCAGGUAUGAAUAGACGUGAUUUAAAAUAUCUUGUAAAUAAUGAUAAUAAAGAAAAUUCAACUGGUUUAGUAUAUAAUAUUGGUGGUGUUGAUGAUAACAAUAAACAAAUUGAACAACAAAAUAAUUUAUAUGAUGAAAGUCUUGGUAUAUCACCAUUAUCAAGUGGUGGUGUUAAUGACACAUGCUUUACUGAACCAAUAGCAGCACCACAAAAUAGUUCAACACCAAUGACAUUUAGACAACCAUCAUAUAGACCAAAAGAAUUAUCACAUUAUCAAGAACAUCAUCAUCAUCAUCAACAACAACAACAAAUUAAUAUACCAGUAACACAAAUAUCAGAUGUACCAACAAUUACAAAUGAACAACAACAACAGCAACAAAAUGAUAAACUCAGUGUUAUUAUGGAAACAACACGUGAAUAUACAUCAACAAGUAGUGGAUCUGGUAGUAGUGGACAUACAAGAACAACUGGAUUUGGUUUUACAUCACCACCAUCUGAUGAUAUUGUUAAUAAAUUAACAACUAAUAAUAAUAAUAAUGAUAUUAGUGUUAAUAUUGAUAGUAAUAAAGAUAUUGAAAAUAAUGAAACAUCAUUAACAACAAAUGAUCAAAAUUUACGAGCUAAAAUACAAGCUGUUCAUGCACAAAGUCCACGUACUGUACAACGUAAUGUUGAUCAAAUAACAUCUGAAAUAAGAAAUAAUUGUGAUUUACGUGUACCAUUUAAACUUGAUGUUGAUGAAAAAAAUAAUACAAUUAAUGAUGAUGAUAAUAAAAUAAAAAAUAAUAAUGAUAAUUCAUUGAUUGUUGAUGAACCAAUGGAUGAAGUUGAAGAAGAAGAAUUUCAAUUACCAACUGGUGAUAUUAAUCCAUUUGAUAAAACAAUAAUAUCUGGUUUAUUACGUAAAAUUAAAUUUCCUCAACCACAUCAUUCAGAUGGUUAUGUACGUACAAAUACAGUUUUAACUAAAUUUUCACCAUCAUCAAGUAUAACACUUGGUAGUGAUCAAUAUGACAUGGAAAAAUGUUUAGGUAAAGGUACAUAUGGUACUGUUAUGAAAGCAAUACAUGUACAAUCAAAUCAAACAGUUGCAUUAAAAACCCAAAGACCAGCAUGGGUGUGGGAAUAUUAUAUUGCUAGAGAAAUAAAAGCACGUUUAACAAAUCCACAUAUGUUACGUGGUUAUAUGGAUGUUACCAAAGCUCAUGUGCUAGAUAAUGCAAGUGUACUUGUAUCUGGUUUUUCAAAAUAUGGUACAUUAUUAUCUGUUACAAAUCAAGUUAAAAUUGCAACUGGUAAACCAUUAAUUGAACCACUUGCUAUUUUUUUUACAAUUGAAAUGUUACAAAUUGUUGAACAUCUUCAUAAAUGUCAAAUUAUUCAUGGUGAUAUUAAACCAGAUAAUUUUCUAUUGAUGCAUUUACCUGUUGAAGAUUUUAGACCAACAAUACAACUCAUUGAUUUCGGGUGUAGCAUUGACAUGAGUUUAUUUCCUGAAGGUACUAAAUUUACACAAAUUAUUAAAACAGAAGAUUUUACAUGUAUUGAAAUGCAAACUGGUCGUCCUUGGACUUAUCAAACUGAUUUAUAUUGUUUGGCUGCAUCAGCACAUUGUCUAUUAUUUGGUAACUAUAUGAGAGUUACCAAUACUGGUGAUCGUUGGUUUGUCACAUCAAAAAUGCCAAGAUAUGUCAAAAAAACAGCAUGGGAAUAUUUUUUUACUGAAUUGCUAAACAUUGAAUCUUGUGAAAAAAUGCCUGACUUGAGUAAAAUUCGUAACACCAUGGAACAAGCACUUGCUGGAAUACCCAGUGUUGAUACUAAAUUUCGUACAUUUUCAAAUGUUUUGAACAAACGAUAACCUUUAUAUUAUAACUUUUAAAAUUUAAAUUAUGAACAAAAUAAUAUACUAAUAAUAAUAAUAAUAUACUAGACUUUGCACUAAUUCCAGUGCAGAACCAAUAAAUAAAUAAACAAAUAAAUGUAAAAAAAAGAUAAAAAAAAAAAAAUGAAAAAAAAAAUUAUUAUUAUUAUUAUUCGUGGUAUUUAUUAUCUCUAUGCUGGUGUAUCAAAUUAAAUAACUUUAAUUAAGAAAUUAAACAAAAUUAUUGUAAUACAUUAUUGUUUUUUUUUUUUUUUUAAUUUUAAUUUUCACAGAUGUCUUAAUUUAAUUUAAAAAACAGUCAUUCAUCGUUUAAAAUCAUAAUGAAAUAGUAAAUAAAUAAAACAGAACCAAUUUGUUGAAAAAAAAAUAAUAAACAGGAUAAAUAAUGUUUGGAAAAUAAUAUCUCGUUAGAUUUUAUAAAUAAUAAAAUUUUAAUGCAGAGUAAUUAAUUAAAAAUUUGCCUUAUCUUGCUAAGACGGUGCAACUUAUUUAAAAAAAAAGGGAAAA